AUGUAUGUGUGCAACCUUAUUUCGCAGUACGCUGAUCGAAGUUCCGACUCGCAGGACGUGAUGUGCAAUGUUGUUCGGACGUUCAACGGAGGAGGGAUCAAUUCGACGCUCAACAGAAACUGUUUGUUCACGCAUCGUACGGGGAACUCCAUAGCUACUCUUGCUGCCGUCUAUGACGAGGCCCAAAAUCGGGUGAAUCUCUGGGACAUAUCUACCGGAGAACUUGUCGUCGCUCCAGAUUUCACACUAGUUUCUGAAUUCGUGCCUGACCUUCUCUACUGUAAAGUCCAGGAAACUGGCUUGCUUAAUGUACUUACUAAAAAGCGCCUCUGUUUGUAUACUAUCACUUGA